AUGAGAAAUACUAUGUUUUCACCUGUGAAGUUCCAUGCAAUCGACUAUUCUUACGAGAAACAGGCAAAAGAGAGAAUUACCUUUCAGUUGUUAUCAAUUCGCUUCCCUUUUAGUUUAUAUCAGGAUAUACAUUACUAUCAUGAUGGGAAAUUGGCUGAUAAUAAAUAUAGAAGACCCUGGACAAGAGCUUCAGCUGAUUCCACAGUGAUGAAUAUUUCAGUAGCUGAUAUUUGGAAAAAAUCUCUCGUCACUGAAGAUUUCUUAGAAAAGAAGCCUGUUUCAAAUAUUGCCUUCCAUACUCCUAAUGAAGAUGUUGAAAUUAUUCCAAGUUCAAAUCCUUCUUCUCAAUUCAGUACACAAGAUUAUAUGUUUAUGAAACUUGACAAGGGGGAACUGACUGAUAGAUAUUGCUUGCAGCUGGAUUAUGUUCCAGUUGCACUUAAACAAGAAGGUUUAUAUAUUGAAGAAGAACUUGUUUUCACUAAUAAUUUGACACAGUCUGCUAAAUGUCUACCUUCUCUGCAAACACUCUUGAGUCGACUAAAUGUUUUCCAAGUGCAAGAUCCCCUUUUAAAUUUUAAAGGUGACAGUUUCGUGGAAGAGGACAUAUUGAGGGAAUGCUUUACUUUCAAAAUGAGUGUGACACCUCAAGAAAAAGGGAUGGAAUUAAAUGAAGAAUUCUGCAAAGUUUCUUUAAAGGAUGAAGAGAUUCCUUUAUUUCUUGUUAAGUUUCAAUUCUGUGAAGCAACAAACUCAAAGGUGGAUAUGGAGAUUUUCACAAGUUUAGCCCUUAAAUCUUUAUUACAAGUAACUCCAGAAAUUUUAGAAGAUGAAAAUGAAUGUCUCAGAAUAACUAAUGAAAAACUUAACAUGACAAUUAUACCGGAGAUGAUAAAGAGUUCAAAACAUUACUCUACUCAAGAAGUUUAUUCUAGUCAGAACAAAGAUCUACCAGAAUUCAACAAUCCAAUAAGUUACAAUGGAGAACUUGAGGUGCCAUUAACUCCUCCAUGUAGGAAAGAAAAUAGGUACAUGAAUUCAUUGUAUGCCCACUUAAAACCAGAACCUGUUUCUCCCAUUAAUAAAAGUGAUUUCAUUACAGAAUCUACUUCAAACUAUUUGGAAGGACUUAUGUGGCAGUCAGAGAAAUACCAGAAUGCUAUGUCUUCACUUUUCCUAAUAGUACCUCAGAAUUCUGUUGCUGUAUGUCAACAGUUUUCAAUCACAGAACUGAAGACAAAGUUGUCUAUACAUGAAAAUUCUAUGAUGACUGGAACCUUGGAAGAUGAGUGGAUUAAUUUAAGAGAAAAACUGACUGUGCCAUGUGUCUUAGAAGCACUGAGCAUAAAUGUAAAUGAUGAAGGAAGACUUGCUAAUACAGAUAUUGAAGUUUUUUCCAAAAUUACUAAUUUCCAAUUAGAUAAAUGGCUUGAUGACAAAAGUUCCUUCUGUGACAGCAACAUGAAGAUUUUUAGUAUCCCUCACUGUAUUGCGACCAAGGAUUCUUGUUCUCCUAAAAAAAAUGAGACAUUUUCUUCACUAUCUCUGACACCUACUUCACCACAGUAUAGUAUCUCUAUAGCAGACAACAAUGUAUCUACUGAAAAUUAUAUCAAACAAACCAAAUUACAAAAUGAAAUUGAAAAGCCAGUGCAGAUUGAAAACCAUGAAGUAGGAAAAAACAAUCAACUAGUCAGUUGCAAGAAAGUCUCUGUCUCAGAAAAUAGUAGAUUAAGAAAUAAAAAGUCAGUUCUACCUGAACAGCCUAGAAAAUGUAAAGAUGACUUUGAUCUUUUGAGUAAUUUUAUCAUGCUGAGAUCUAAACAGGUGAUCAGCCAAAGAAAAGAAGGGAAUAGUGUGGAUAAUCAAGAAGAAGUAUUUGAUGCCGAGAACGAACAACCUUCAAUUGAAAGCCACAAAAGUCCUAGGGUUCCUGGCAUGACAGCUCCUAUGGAAAACCAAUCAAAAGACAAUAAUACAUUAGCUUUCCUCAAAAUUAAAACAUCAGAGUGUCAAUCUCAAGCAUAUCGUAUCCUGGAAGCUGCAGCGGUUCCAGUUUUGAAAGACCUUAUAAAGCUUGACAUGCAGAAUUGGAGGUUUGCCACACUUAAUUCUGAUAACACCAGAUUUUUUUUGAAACAACAAGAGAAAGUGAUCAGUGACACAUUGAAACAAGGUAGCAAAGAUGCAAAAUUUAUUUUGGUAUUCAGACAUGCUGCUAUUCUUCAUUUGCUGGUUACAGUUCGUGAUCUUUUAUUAAACUGUAACCUGAAAACUGCAUUAGAAUAUCUGUCCAAGGCAAAAGACAAUUAUAAAGAUUUCCAAGACUAUGACCUGGAUAUUAUUUGGAAACAGCUGAAAAUUGUGGAAUUUGUUGUGCAGGAGCACAAAGUCAGUCCCAAAGUGACAGAAUUACAGCAUCAAAUUUCUAAGUGGGUACAGAAUAAUGCAAAUGAUCAGAAUAAGCUCUGUAUCCUGGUUGUAGAUUUUCUUACAUCUACCAUUUCCUAUCUUGAUAUUUUCCUAGCUAAACAGUAUCCUAUCUCUAGAGAUUUUAAUUUUCCAGGUCUUCAUCUCUUCCCAUCCACCGUCUGUUUCUCAACUUCAGCAAAAGAGUCUUUGCCAGAUAAUCUUGGAUAUGAUCUUCUGAGGUUGUCAAUUCCUUAUGUUUUCUUGACAUCUGAAGGACUUCUCAAUACCCCAGAAAUCCUUCAGUUACUAGAAUCCAAGUAUAAUAUUACUUUAAUUGAAAGAAACUGCUGUGAGGCCUUAAACUAUUUUGGAGGCACAGAACAUUAUGUGGUAAUGACUAUAGAUGAAUGCACAGCUAUUGUUAUGCAGAAUAUGGAAGAACUCAAUUAUGAAAACUCCUCUGAUAAUAUUGUCUUAAGACUGGUGGCACUAUCACUCCAGUAUGCUGCCUGUUGGAUUAUUUUAUACUCCCGAGAAAGAUUAAAUUCUAAAUAUAGCCUAUCUGCAAAAAUUCUGCAUCAUCUUGCUUUGAUUUAUGCAGCAUUGAUUUCUUUUGCUCAGAAGUCAGAAGACUUUGAAGUGAAGAUGGCCCUUACACCAGGAGUUGAAGAAACAGCACUUUUGGUUCGCCAGAUAGCUGACCAUAUAUUAUUGGCAUCUAAACAACAUCCUCAGGAGUGGCUAAACAAGUCAUGGCUUUCUGUCCUGCCAUUAGAAGCAGAGAAAUGCUUGCUUACAUUUCCAUGCAUGAAUCCACUAGUUGCUCAAGUCAUGCUAAAGAAAAGUUCUUCAUUGGAAUGGCUCCUUGGAGCAUCUUUUGCUGAGCUUCAGGAACUUCUGCCUGAGGUGCCAGAAAAGGUUUUGAAGAAUUUUAGUGAUAUCACUUCAUUAUACAUCCUCAAGCCACUAACAAGACCAGGAACACAAAAAGAAACCAUGUCUCUUCAAGGAAAUAUUAAUUCUGCCAUCUGCUCUUGUUCUCAACUUCCAUUUCCUGAGGCUUUGUUCUCCAGAUUGCAAGGACAUAGUUCCUGUACUGAGUAUUCAGAAUGCUUUCUUGAAGAACAGAACAAAAACUGUUCCCAGAAUGGAUCUUGUGGUUGUCUGAAAUCAGCUGGAGAAUUUAACUUAGUUGUACCUUCAAUAACGUAUGAAGGAGACACCUGUCCCUUUCAGGAGAAUGUAAGGGUAGAGAGGCAACUUUAUCUCCCAUUUCUGAAAAAUGUGGAAACAGAAACAAGAAUAAAUGCAUCAUAUUUAACAUUUAACAUUGGGGGACCUUCCCAUGUCAAUAAUGAAACCACAAUGCCAUAUUUGCACUGUAACCAGGACACUAGCUCUUAUAUUGAGAACUAUCCACUGAAUAGAAUGACUGUAUCAAAAGUGGACACAGGCAAACAGAGAGAUAUCUCUGAGUUCUUGAAGAAGCCUGUCUAUCCUGAUGCUAAAAAUGAACGAAAAAUUCAACCUCUCGCGCAACAACUAAAUUCUUUCCAUGAUUUCAAGCAUUCUUCUCAUGUCGUUUCUAGUCGAAAAAAUGUUCUGUUCCAGGAAAACUCAGGCCGUGUUUUAGAAAUAGGAAGAAAAGCAAGCAGCAGUCCUGCAUUACAAUCUGAGGAAAGAUUUUGGGGUAACCCCCCAUUCAUACAAGCAAUGGAUUCUUCCCCCUACAAUUCACAUGUAGGCAAAGCUAUAGCCAGUCCAGAUAGGUUCAUGAAUUUGGGCAUUCAGUUUACUGGAGAUCAUACCAGGGGGAAAGGACAGAAUUCAUUAUCAGGUGAACAAAGACAACAAGAUGUUUCAGCUUUAGAAUUUGUGCAUUUACCACAGCUUAAAAAAAGGCGUCUAACUUUUGAAAAAGAUCCUAGGAGACCUGAUGGCCAAACACGUCUCAAAUUUUUUUAGAAGAAAUGGAGGUUAACACUUCAAGAAUCUUGUUAUUUGCAAUACAUAAAAGCAAAUUUAGCAGAUUUAAUCUUCUUUUAUAGUAACUUAUUUACAAUUUGUUUCAAACUUGUAUGUACGAAUUAUUUUUUAAAAAAAUAAAUGUGGACUUUUUGCCAUUUUAGGGAAUAAGAUAAAA